CCUCUCGUGUUAGCAUUGCAGAGAGUGAAAUGGGAGCGCUCAAGACAGCGUUCUGCAGCUCGGGUGCCUUUGCUGCAGAACCAUCCCGCUCAAUGAAGGUGCCGGAGCCAAAGGCCUUCAAGGGGGAGCGCGAUGCUAAGGCCGUCGAGAAUUUUCUAUGGGACAUGGAGCAGUACUUCGUCGCUGCAAGAGUCCCUGAUAAAGAGAAGGUAACUCUUACUAGCAUGUAUCUAACCAAAGUUGCAAAGUUAUGGUGGCGGACCAGGUUAGACGAUGAUGCUAGUGCGAGCAGACCGAAGAUCGAGGCUUGGGAGACCCUUAAGAAAGAACUGAAGGACCAGUUCCUACCCUGCAAUACUUCAUGGUUGGCGCGGGAAUCCUUGAAAAAGCUGCGACAUGUGGGCUCGAUGAGGAGCUAUGUCAAAGAAUUCAGCUCGUUGAUGCUGGACAUCUGCAACAUGUCGGACGAGGACAAGCUAUUUAAUUUCCUGUCCGGCUUGCAACCGUGGGCGCAGUUGGAACUCCGGAGGCAAGGCAUGAAAGACUUGCCCUCGGCCAUGGCUGCAGUGGAUGGCUUGGUUGAUUUUCGCAUCAGUCGGCCUGUAGAGGGUGCGGAAGGGACUAGCAAGCCCAAGUCCAAUGGCAGGAAGCCAGCUGCCCAGAAGAAAUCCAAUGGCCGAGAGGAUGGCCAAAGCAUUGGCAAGGCUAGCGCACAAGAGAAAGGUAAAACCAGUACUUUCUCUAGUUGUUUCAUAUGUAGUGGACUGCACAGGGCAAAGGACUGCCCGAAGAAGGAAAGACUCAAUGCUGUGGUAGAGGAGGAUGGCCGAGGUGAUGAAGCCAGCCCCUCACGCGUCAACCCACUCCAACUCAUCAAUGCCAUGCGAGCGGAGAGGAGCAUACCAUCCGGCCUGCUGUACAUGAAGGUCAGGCUGGGCGGUAAGGAGAUGUUGGCCAUGGCGGACACAGGCGCAACACACAACUUCAUGACCGAGCGGACUGCGCAUGAGCUCGGGCUGAAGGUGACCAAGAGCAGCAGCAAGAUCAAAGCUGUGAACUCUGUGGCUCGUGAUGUUACUGGGAUAGCUGCUGGUGUCCAGGUAUCCCUUGGGUCUUGGACUGGUGUCCUCGGUUUCACUAUUGUUACAUUGGAUGAUUUUGAUAUCAUCCUGGGUAUUGAGUUCUUUGUGCAAGCAAAGGCAGCUUUGCUGCCUCAUCUGGGUGGGCUCAUGUUGCUGCACGAAGAAUACCCUUGCUUCAUCUCGAGUGUGGCUAACCCUCCAGCAAGGAAUGGAGGAACAUCUGGUGCGAUGUUGUCAGCCUUGCAGGUAAAGCAUGGGCUGAGAUGAGGUGAAGCUACCUUCCUGGUGGCCUUGGUGGAAAGGAAGGAAGGAGUCAUGGCGGAAGUUCCUAAUGAAGUGGCUGACCUGCUGCAGAAGUAUGCGGACCUCAUGCUAGCCGAACUGCCAAAGGAACUUCCACCAAGGAGAACAAUUGACCACAAGAUUGAGUUGGUGCCGGGGGUGAAGGCACCAGCCCAAGAGCCCUAUCGCAUGAGUCCCUUGGAGCUGGGGGAGCUGCGCAAGCAAUUGACUGAGCUGCUGGAUGCCGGCAUGAUCCAGCCUUCCAAAGCACCUUAUGGAGCCCCGGUGCUGUUUCAAAGGAAGAAGGAUGGCUCGCUGCGCAUGUGCAUGGAUUAUAGGGCCCUGAACAAGGUUCGCAUCUCGAAAGGAGAUGAAAGGGAAGAGCACCUGUGUAACUCGUUAUGGAGCAGAGGAGUUAGCGCCAUCACGGAAGCAAUUUUGGAAGCUGAAAGUUGCCCCGUGACAGUUGUGAAAAUGGAUCGAAAGAAGGUACAGGCCAUUCUGGAUUGGGCAGCACCUACCAAAGUUGCCGAGUUGAGAAGUUUUCUUGGGUUGGCAAACUAUUAUCGCAAAUUUGUGGCCGGAUAUUCAAGGAAGGCUACCCCAAUGACAGAUCUGUUGAGGAAGGAUCAACCAUGGGUUUGGACCGAAAGGUGCCAAGAGGCCUUUGAGGAAUUGAAGGUGGCUGUUUCGUCGAAACCAAUGCUGAAGUUGCCCGAUUUUGUGAAGCCUUUCAAAGUGCAUACCGAUGCCUCCGAUAAAGCAGUUGGAGGUGUGCUGGUACAAGAGGGACAUCCAGUUGCCUUUGAAAGCUGGAAACUCAAAGAGGCAGAACAGCGAUAUUCUGCCCAUGAGAAGGAGAUGCUAGCUGUGGUGCAUUGCUUGAGGACAUGGCAGGUCUACCCGUUGGGUACUAGGUUUGUGGUGAAAACUGAUAAUGUGGCUAACACAUUUUUCUUGACGCAGAAAAAGCUGUCUCCUAGACAGGCUCGGUGGCAGAAAUUCUUGAUGGAAUAUGACAUGGAAUGGGAGCAUAAACCUGGGAGGCAUAACCAGGUUGCUAAUGCCUUGAGUAGGAAAGGCAUUGUGGAAAUGGCUGCUGCCAUUUCUUCUGUGGAAGUAGACUUCACCGAUAGGAUUCGGGUGGUGGCGCAGUCGGAUAAAGGCUACCAAAAGCUGCUUCAACAGGUUCAGGAUGUGAUGGCUCUCUUGUCCCGUACAUUUGUACGGGCGAAGAUGGAAGAGGACAUUGAGGCUUAUGUCCGGUCUUGCUUCGUGUGCCAACAAGACAAAGUGGAGAGGCGCAAGGAGGCGGGUCUCCUACAACCUUUGCCGAUUGCAGAAAGGCCAUGGGUUUCGGUAUCCAUGGAUUUCAUCAGUGGCUUCUCGAAGAUGGAAGGUAUGACUUCUAUCAUGGUGGUUGUUGAUCGCUUCUCUAAAUAUGCUGUGUUUGUUCCAGUCCCAGAAGCAUGUCCAGCGGAGACUGCUGCGGACUUGUUCUAUCGAAAUGUGGUGAAACAUUUCGGGUUGCCUUCAGAUAUCAUCAGUGAUAGAGAUGCUUGAUUCACGGGAAGGUUUUGGACCUAUCUCUUUCAAUUGAUGGGUUCUGAACUCAAGUUCUCCAUAGCAAAUCAUCCUCAAACUGAUGGUCAGACGGAGAGGGUGAAUGCAUUGUUGGAGGAGUAUCUCAGACACUAUGUGACAGCCAGCCAAAGGAAUUGGUUGAAGCUGUUAGACACUGCUCAAUUUUGCUAUAAUCUUCAUCAAUCUUCUGCAAUAGGAUUCAGUCCUUUUGAGUUGGCGACUGGACGCCAACCUCUUACCCCUCAAGAAAAUGCUUUGCAAAAAUCUGGGGGAAUCUGCCCGGCAGCCUAUCGAUUUGCUCGCAAUCAGCAGGAAAUGCUGGAGGAGGCACAGGACAGUCUCCAUAAAGCAGCGAGGAGGAUGAAGAAAUAUGAAGAUAAAGGGCGCAGGUCUUUAGAAUUUAAUGUGGGGGAUAAAGUUCUGCUAAAACUGACUCCUCAAAUCUGAAAAAAGAUCAACAGUAAGAAGGUACAUCGAGGUCUUAUUCCAAGGUAUGAUGGACCCUUUGAAGUGGUGAAGAAGGUGGGAAAUGUCGCCUAUCGGUUGCAUCUGCCGGAAAGGUUAAAGGUACAUCCAACCUUUCAUGUGAGUUAUCUAAGGCCCUUUCAUGAAGAUGCAGAUCCUUCAAGGAUUCAGGCGCAAAGAGCCCCACCGACAAUAAGGCAACAAUUUGACAAAGAGGUGGAGAAAGUUCUUGACCACCGGACCUUGGGACACAGCAAGAAGAACAGAAGGACCGAAUAUUUGGUCUAAUGGAAAGGGGAACCAGAGAACGAGGCUAGUUGGGAGAAGGAGACUUCUUUGUGGCAGUUUGGAGAGGCGAUCCAAACUUACUUGUCACACCUCCCUCCAAGGACGUCGGGAUCUUCGGGUGGUGGAGGUUUGUCACGGUCCCAUUAG